AUGUCAAAAACUGUCGAGAUCCAAUCGCCUGAGCAGUUCAGUGAAGUGCUCAGCAAGUCACGCAUUGUUGUCGCCGACUUUUAUGCGAACUGGUGCGGCCCUUGCAAGUCCAUCGCUCCUUUCUACGAGCAGCUAUCUCAGCAACUUUCGAGACCGAACAUUGCGACUUUCACAAAGAUCAACACAGAAGGCGACAGAGCCAAGGAAAUCGCAAAAGCUUACGCUGUCACGAGCCUUCCCACGUUUAUCAUCUUUCGCGAUGGCAACAAAGUAGAGCAGGUCAAGGGUGCCGACCCGAACAGACUCAAGUCCAUACUGGAGAAGCUCGCAAACGAGAUAGAGACUGCUGGUGAGGCAGGCAGCAGCAGCAGCAGCAGCAGUGGCAAUGGAGGCAUGACUUGGUUAGGUGCCGAUCUUCCUCGAGGAUACUCGGACAUUUCCGACAUCAUCGACAUCCGCGGCCUCGAGCUCUUGAAUGCUGAUUCGAACGAGUUCUCUGUUCGAACUCUGUUCAACAAGCCGAAGCCUUCCUCGUUGGAGAAGAGCUCCUCUGAGAAUAAGGACUGGGUAGAGAGUGAUACUGAUGAACAGCUAUUGCUCUUCACUCCCUUCAACUCGGCCGUCAAGUUGCACACUAUCCAGAUCACUUCACUUCCACCACAGGCUGGCGAGGAUGAUGACGAGGAUGAGAUACCCAUGAGACCCAAGACAAUCAAGUUGUUCACCAAUCGUCCCCACAACCUCGGCUUUGACGAAGCCGAUGACAUUCAGCCUACCCAGGAGAUCGAGAUUGGAGAGGACGACUGGAACGAGAAGGGCACCGCCUCCAUCAGCCUACGCUUUGUGCGAUUCCAGAACAUUACCAGCCUUGUCCUUUUCGUCGUCGACGGCGACGGCGAUGGCGAGAAGGUGCGACUGGACCGCGUGAGAUUGAUCGGAGAAAGCGGCGAGAAGCGAGAGAUGGGCAAGCUGGAGAAGAUUGGAGACGAACCCGGCGAGUAG